AUGCGCGCCUGCUUUUACGGUGCUCUCCAGACCACCAUCGACGAGUUCUUCCGCAAGAUAGCGAAACAGCCACAUCAGGCUACAAUCACUCCCAUUGGGGACGCUAUCGAUGACAAAGUCACUGAGCAAUAUGGCUACGUUGCGAUUAAACAUUCCCUCGCCAUGGACCAUGACAAGGUCGCCUACCUGGCCCCCAAGGAUGAAGAGAGUUUGCUCGAAAGAAUCCUCGCUCGGUGCUGCCGGGGAUAUGAUCUUUAUGGCGGCAUCACCGAAAUCUUGGAGCUGGAGUCUGAGGACAGCGACACAGACUUGGAAAUGCAAGAAACGUGGAACAGCCUCCUUUCGUCUACCAGAUGCGUACAGGACUUGGUUCGUGACAUGGAAGGGUGCAUUCAAGAACUAAAGAGCGGGGAGAGCAUCGGAAACGAAACGCUCUAUGACCUUACCAUGAAUGUGGUAGCAAUUCAAAGCGUUCUCAAUCUCCACGAGGAGAACGGGGUCAGGCUCCGAGAGCUAGUCGCUACCGCCCAUAAGCAGGGUAAAUCGGUUAGGCUGGGGUGGUUACGUGAAUCCACUUCAGCUACUGUUGCCGUUUGCACGAUGGUCCUCACUGGGAUCCUUCCUCUCGCGGCCCUCCUCGCCGCCGUGCUUAUGGCUGGCGGAGCCUUGUACACGGGGUAUCGGGAACUUGGGCCACCAUCAAUCAGAAAGGCUAUAAAGUAUGAAGCUGCGGCCACGGAGUUCCGCAAGGACUUGGGCCACGCGCACAUUGCCCUUGCAGGCCAAUUUUGUAGUCAGGUGCUCAAGGUGCCACCUCACUUGAUGAGCAAAGUCGAGCGCAAGAGGAUUUUAUGCGAGUUCGGUAUUGAUACCACCAAACUGACGAAUAAGGAAUAUACCGCAGAACUUGUGGCCCAGAGAAUGGAAAAGGUUUGCAAGAGAUUCAAGAAACUGGAAAAGUUAGGCCAGGAAGUCGCCAAGGCAGUCGGCCACGUCGGCUAG